UCCGUCUUCCUCAGUUAAACGGCAACGUUUUCAUUUUCCCUUGAAAUUUGAUGAAAUGAAGCUCUCCGAGAUCUAACAUAGCUUGUUUCUGCCAUUGAUUUCCUCUGGUAAGGUGAGUGAGAAAUUCACCUCCCCCCUUCAUAAAGUAGCUUCAACUAAGGUCGAGGCAUGAAAUUUAAACUUUCCCUAAUCUAAUUCUGGUGUAUGGUGGGGCAAAAAAAAAAAAACAGGUUUGACACUUCCAUAGUGAGUAUAGAGUAAAAUGAGAAGAUUGAGUGUUGAUUAAUAUGGUUUAUUUUACACUCUAAAAUGAGUUGCUCACUUUGAAAGAGUCGAAUUCUUUUAAACAAAUAUCUAUUGUGAGUUAAUUUUUUUUAACAAACAUCAAAGCCUGACACAUCUUAGUUCCAAACCUCCAAAAUUUUGUUUGUGACAUGGAAGAAAAAAACUAUCAGGUGCAGUGAUGAUAUUAUUUAUAAAAAAACCAGGGACAAAUAUUAUCUUACUCUUCUUCUCUUACUGAAUCUACAAUCUUCCAUUUCUCUUUUCAUAAAAAGAUAAAUUGUGUUGUAACUUGUUGUGCCAUUAUGUCGUAUGGGAAACCGGAGUAUAUUGGGGCUAGUUUCGGGAACAUGUAUAUUCCCAACGUGGAUGAUAAGGUUAAAGAACAAAUUAUGGAUGUACUAAGAGUGAGAGACCAAGGAGAAAAUAUAAUUGGAUUAUGCGGGACAGAUAAAAGAGUUGAGCAUUCUGUAAAAACAGCUAUAAGAAGAGCUGAGAGAGAUCAAUUGUUCCAAAAUAUUGUCACAGCAACUGUGACAAAGAAGCCAGACAUUACUAAGAUUCAAACACAAAUUGGUGAUGCAAUAGGUCUUAAUUUUGACAAUAAGACAGAUUUAGCUAAAUCAAAUUAUUGCAUGUGUUUUGGUAAUAACAAAAGAAUAACUAAUGCAGAAACAGCUGUUCUUCUGUGUGCUAAGAUGAAGGAGCUGCAAACAGUACUAGUUGUACUGUAUGAUCUUCAUGGUAGGCUCAAUUUAGGUGAGAUUGGUAUCCCCUUUGGUGAAGAUCAUAAUGGUUGCAAGAUAUUGCUGACAUCCACAAGUCUUGAGGUUUUAUCCGAACAAAUGAAGGUUCAUAAAUUGAUACAAUUACCAGAGACAUGACUCAGUUCUCUUCCAACUAGAGUGUUUGAAGCAAACAUGCACAUCAUUUGGAAAAUACCAUGUUGGAGAGAUUAGAGUCAGACAAGUGCUUUUGUAGGUAUAGAUGAACUAAGACUUAGUUUUUUCUUGUCAAGUGUUUAUGUUUGUAAUCAAAGAGAUGGAUCCAGCUAAUUUUAAUUAUAAGCUUCUAACUAUUUGUCUUGUUAUGGCAGAAAGUUAAUUUCCUUUUUUCUUUCAGCUAA